UCGAUAAUCAGCUGAUUCGGGUCAAUCAAAACGUCAAAUUCCUGUGGUGCAGACGAAAAUAUUUAGUAUUUAAAUAUGUAUUUAUCAAUGAAAUAAUUGUGAUAAUUGCACAGUAGCGUUCAACAACAAUGAUAGUUUUCACGCCCCCUGGUUAAUCAAGUGAACCGAAGAUGAAUGGAACUGUCGAUGAAGAACCGAAUAAUUUGGCUCAAUUGGGAAUUGAUAGGCGUCCUAUAGUAACAUGUGCAGGCGAGUUGGAGGUAUUUUCCACAGUGGAAGAAAACCUGUCCAAUGCCUUACCAAAGGAUACAUGCGAGUGGCGAAGGUCUUUGGGCAGACCCAUUAAAAAUGUGCAUGUUGGGGCCAAUUUUGUACCAUUCAAUGUCCAAUCGUUACCAAAGUGCAGCCAGUGGGAUCUUAUCAGGCAGCCCCUUUUUCAUACUUACUGGACAGAAUGUACUGAUGUGGACACUUACAAAAACACGAUCCGUGAAGAUAUUGAAGCCUGGUUGAAGGAGCUAAACUCACGGGAAAUAACCGAUUGGCUCAUUGUAGUGGUGGAGAAUUAUGAUGGUAAAAGAACGAAACAGUUGAUCCCUAGAACGACUGUUCUAGAUAAAAUUCGAGCAGAUUUUGCUGUUAAACAAGGUGAUCGAUGUAUUUCCGUAAUAAAUCCUGGCAGAGCCGAAAGCAAGACAGCAGAGUCAUGGCGGGGGCUGGUGAGCAGAGUUCGCCACUUAUUGCUAGUGGCAUACGCUCGAGCGGUUACGCGACUGGAAGAGCAUGUAAGGCAGCAAAGAGAGCGGCGAAACGAACCCGGAUGGAAUUUCAUGAAAUAUUUCAUGCUGCAAGAAGAACUAGCUCAAGUGCUGGAAAUGCUGGGACUGAACGAUGAAGCCCUAGUGCAGUACGACGAGCUGGAUGCUCUGUUUUCGCAAUUUGUGGCGAAUUUCACCACUUGCGACAACCUGAAGUGGCUCAGCCAGUUUCAACGGCCUUUGGACCAGUGGCACGGCCUACGACUCAAACCCUCACUCGUCGAAGACACUCCCUCACUCUUAGAAUUGAGGGCCUAUAUAUUCGCUAGGCAAUCGCGGAUGUUAUUGCUAACCAACAAAGUCUGGGAAAUGGCGUCCCGAUGCCUUCCAUUUCUCCACACUUGUGUGCGCGAGCUGGCUAUUUUGGAAAUCACGGCUCCGCCUGGCGCUGUUUGGUGCUGGCUCUUUCUCGCUAGCAUGGAGGUGCUGCAAGUAUGCGAUAAGUUCAAUCAAGCCGACCAAGUGGAGGAAUACUCAUUGCAUACGGCUGCAUUGUGGGAAUAUGCUAGUCAAAAGCUAAGAAAGUUGGGGGAAUUGUGCGGGCUGAUGCCUCAAGGAGCUCCGACAUCCGAACAGUUGCACGUAGUGGUCAGUUUAUCGGCGGGAAUGGGAGAUAAUCCUGGGCCGCUUAAUAGUCCAUCGCCAACUGAUCGGCUCAAGGAGGCACUUUGCUCGCAAGAUGUGUUCAUUAAGUCUUACUUGGAAUUGGCUGAAUUGGCGAUGGGUACUUUUAAGCACGUCGGGCGCUUAAGAAUGGCCCGACUGGUGGGCCAGGAAGUGGCCACUUUUUACUUGCUGCUCGGCGAAACGCAGAAAGCGGCCGCUUUUCUUGGAGAUGCGAUUCGCACUUUCGAAAGCGAUGGCUGGCACGAAUUGGCCGCGCAAACACAACUAUGCUUGUCCGAUUGUCACAAAAAGGCGGAGGAUUCGCAAAAAUACAUCAAAGCUUGUGCUGCAGUGUCGGCGGCUGUAGAAAUCGACACUCUAAUCAGAUGGAGUUAUUUCGAUGAAAUGACCAAGCACUUGGUCAAGCUGGACAAACCGAUGGAACUGGCGUUUAACGAUAUGCUCAGAAUAAAUAGCGUUGCCAUAACCAGCGAUUUGAUCGUGAUGCAGGACUGUAAAAUGGAGGUUGAGCUGGCGAUCGAAUCGAAUUUCCCCAAGGAAAUUGUAUGCACCUACUUUGCAGUUUGCCUGGAAAGGGAAGAGAAGCCGAAAAGCAACGUGCGGUAUCACAGCGGGAAAUUAUUAACAAAGAAGGACUUAAAGUGGCAGGAUCCGCUUCUGCAACGAUUGCGAAUCAAACGAACGCUGAAUUAUAAGCAGGACAAGCAACUGGCUACUUCGGGCAUUGCCUCCAAGCUCACUCAGCUUCAUAGGAAAGAUAGUGCGCCAGCACGGAGCCGAACCGAUCUGAGUGCGGCUCUUGAAGCUGAGAAGCUGCCACUGUUACUCACUCCAGGAUUGAAUGUGCUGAAACUAAGCAAAAAAGCCACCGAUGUAGGGAAAUAUUGUUUGGAUGCGGCGAUUAUUCAUGUAGACAAGUUGCAACUGAAAUCGCCGCCGAUUUUGCCCCGCCUAACUCUGGAAGUCCAGGAAGAAAGCCCUUCGAUACGACUGUAUAAACGGCCGGCGCCUUUACUAUCUGGCAUCGAGCAAGUCAUGAACCUUAUACUAACCAUUGGAAGUUACCUUAUUGAGCCAAAGUCAAUAAUAAAACUAACUGCUUCUACGGGCUUAACGUUUCAAAUCCAGCCAGAGGAGGCUUUGACGAAUAAUUUGGAAAUCGAGGUGGGAGACAAGGCCACGUUUUCAAGCACAAAAAUGCCUCUAAGAGUUUUAGCAGACCUUCUCACUCGGGACCAUCAAGUUACCAUUCAUGUGCCAUGGGUUCCAAAGCCCAUAGUGGUUCCAUUGAACUUCUCGCCGCCCAUGUCGACAACUUGGCGACUUUUUACGGUAGAUUACCGCAAGUUUGUGCAGGUGAACGUUGUGGGGCAUUGCGUGGACAAUCUCAUUGUCCACGAACCCGAUCUGAACGUCAAAAGCAUUCCCGUUUCUACCAAACACUGUGAUUCUAGUCUGAUUAUUUCUAAUGGUUUAAGUUACUCGUUUUUGUGGGAAUUGGCGCACACUAAUGUAGCCGCUAAUUCGGCCAAAGCUGAAUUUAGUGUGCAGUACAAACUGACCGAAAAUGAUUGCUACAAGUCGUACCAGUACUAUUUUGAUGUGACUGACUUUAAGACUUUGUACGCACUGGAUGCCGUUGUUGAGCCAGCCAAAGGCAACGAGUUUUGCCGGGUCGGAGUCGUUUGCCAUUUACAUCUUACAAUAUCGAACAUGGUGGCGGUGCAUGGAAAGGAGAAUGCGGACAUCCGUUCGGUUAUGUAUGAAGUUUUGGCGGAACAGAGCGUUUGGGCUGUUUGUGGACGGACGGCGGGCGUCAUUUCUUUCGGAGGAAUUUUAGAAGAAGAAAAUGCGGUACAACGCGUUGUUCUGGAUGUGAUGCCAUUGACCAGCGGCUUCUUGCCGUUGCCGUUAGUUCGUAUUUCGAAGUAUAUUCCAGCAGACACGCUUCAGUCUGAAAAAACCAGUGCCAGUGAUACUCACCCUCGCUUAGAGCCCUUUACUUCUGGCCAGGUAUACAAUAAAAGCAAAGGUAAACAGUUGCAUGUUAUUGCGGCCGCGAGCGACACCAACCCACUUUAAUACCACGCACUCGAGGUAAAUCAUUUGAUUCUCAAACUAUCCACUAAUGCUCCUUGAACAGGGUUUUUAGCAGCUCCGCUCUGAACAAAUGUCUAUAUUAUUUUUUAAUGCGAACUUGUAUACUUAAACGUUUCCGUGCCAUGUUUAAGCCGUAGGUGACAAGGAUAAGGGCAUUUCCAGGUGUUUGCUGAAAAGUGGGCGUUUAACCACCAUAUUGAUAUUCAGGAUAUAUUUUCAACGCAUCACAUUGAUGUGCAAUAUUUUAUUAGUUUAUAAAUGUCUCUCUUGAUGCCGGUCUUUUCAGUUACAAGAAUCAUAUACAUGAUAAAGACGAAGCGUCACGUUUAAUGUAAAGGAUACUAUAUUUUAAGCUCCAAUUCAAUUAUCUUUAGAGUUUCAUGUAAACCCUUCAAUCUUUUUUUUAGAGUCUGUAUAUUGAUGUACAUAUCUAACGAGUAAAAAUGUAUUUAUUGUUUGUUACCAGAAAA